CCUCCUCCUCCUCCUCCUCCUCCUCCGCGUCCCAGUCCAUCUCCGGCCAGGCACCGUGAGCCCCAGGUCGGGCGGCAGCCGCAGCCUCUCCUGCACCAGUCUGCGCUAAGAGGUCACGUUGCGGCACCCGGGUCUCCACAGAGACUGACCAGUGAAUCAAAGGCUGAGUGGAUCCAGCUGGCCUCCUACCUGUCUCCAUCUGGUUGGUGAAAGGAUAAGGAAAGACAAAGAGUGUGGGGAGAGGUUUGGGAGAUUCUCUAGAGGGGAUCCCCAGUUACUUCGUGGGACCCAAGACUUGUCUCUUGCACCAGUGAGGAUGUGACCACAGGUGUCCACUGAGUAGAACAGACAAUAGACAGUGCUGUAGAAGGGGGAGAGCCAUCCUGUAGGCUGUGCUGACCAGGAAAGAAGGUUACUUCUGAGUUGGGCCUUGAAGGAAGCAGGCACAGAGAAGGACACCCAAGUGGAGAAGAUAUGGGACUGCAGUUAAGAUGAUACUGAAGACAACCUAGGACAAUGCCACUGGUCAAGAGGAACAUUGAACCCAGGCACUUGUGCCGAGGUGCCCUGCCCGAUGGCGUCACCAGCGAGCUGGAAUGUGUCACCAACAGCACCCUAGCUGCCAUCAUCAAGCAGCUGGGCAGCCUCAGCAGACAUGCAGAGGACAUCUUUGGGGAACUUUUCAAUGAAGCCAACAGUUUCUACAUGCGAAUGAACUCGCUGCAGGAGAGGGUGGACCUCUUGGUGAUUAAGGUCACACAGUUGGACUCCACCGUGGAAGAAGUGUCCCUGCAGGAUAUCAACAUGAGGAAGGCUUUCCGGAGCUCCACAAUCCAGAAUCAGCAGGUGGUAUCACGUAACUCCAUCCCCAACCCUGUGAUGGAGAUGUACCAGCGGUGUGACAAGCCCCCGCCUCUCAACAUCCUCACGGCCUACAGAGAUGACAAGAAAGAUGGCCUUAAAUUCUAUACUGACCCAUCAUAUUUCUUCAACUUGUGGAAAGAGAAAAUGCUUCAGGCCACUGAGGAUAAGAGGAAGGAGAAACGAAGGCAGAAGGAACAGCGACUGGUGGAGGACUCCACCAGGGAGGUGAAGAAAGUGCGAAAGGCACGGAAUCGGCGGAUGGAGUGGAGCAUGAUGGCAUAUGACAAAGAGUUCCGACCCGACAACAGGUUCUCACCAUCUCUUCCGUAUCACAUGGCCUCCUCGGAAGGAUCGCUCUCUCCAGAUAAUAGGUCUUAUGCAUCAGACAUCGGUGAUCACUCCUACCCAGCCAGCCCCAACCAUCCAGCCCAGCAGGUGUUGGCACCCACUCCUCAUCUGCCCAUGGAACACAAGGAGAUCAUCCUGGCCCCCAGCCAGCUCCCGGAGCUGACCUACCGGCCCACAGCCCCAGGCAGUCGGCAGAACAGCCUUGGCCGAGUCCAACAGCCUAAUGUGCCGCAGCCUCCAGAUCCGAUACUGAAUGGCCCCAGGCCUCAGCUGAUGAAGGACUAUGGGUCCCAGCCAGUGCCCAUGGCCGAUUUCUUUGUACCACCUGCCCCACCACCCCCACCUCCAGUGAUCCCCUCGGCCCAGACGGCUUUCGACAGCCCCAUCUCUGCCCCGCCUGCUCUUGCACCUGCCGCCACUGCCACCCUGGCCCAUCCUGCCUACACACCCUCCCCACCCCCAGCCCCACCCUGCCCAUACUCUGUAUCUCCCCCGCAGACUGGCCCCAUGGGCCCUCCUGCAGCUCCUCCUCCACCCCCGCCUGGCCCCCCAAUGGCCACGGCCUCCCCGGCCCACUCAGCCUCCCCGGGUGCUGUACUAUCUGAACCACGGAAACCUCAGAUCCCGUUGAUACCGAUGAGUGAUGCCAGAAGUGAUCUUCUUGCUGCCAUUCGGAGGGGUAUCCAGCUGCGGAAGGUGCAGGAGCAAUGGGAACAGGAGGCCAAGAAGGAGCCCGUGGGCAAUGACGUGGCCACCAUUCUCUCCCGGCGCAUUGCAGUGGAGUACAGCGAGUCGGAUGAUGACUCCGAGCUGGAUGAGAAUGAGUGGUCAGACUAAGGGGACGCUGGGCCGGGCCGGGCUGGGCCGAGCCACGCCAGGCGGGCCACUGAGCGUUCUAGUGCGGCU